AAUGCAGGCGGAAGCCCCCGAGAUCGCGAGGUGGUGGAGGCGGAGAUGACGGCGCCGCGCGGUGGCGGGGAUGUGCCAUCGUCGACGGCGUCGGCAGCCACCGCCGCCGCUUCGAUGACCGAGCCCAACACGCCGACGUCGGCGCACGCGUCGGGGCUCAACCGGCGGGGGUCGAGGGGCGCCGCCAUGGCCUCCUUCUCCAUGGAGGUCUUCGACAACGAGGUGGUGCCGUCCUCGCUCAGCAGCAUCGCCCCCAUCCUGCGCGUCGCCGCCGAGAUCGAGCACGAGCGCCCCCGCGUCGCCUACCUCUGUCGGUUCUAUGCCUUCGAGAAGGCGCACAGGCUGGAUCAAAACUCUGUUGGUCGUGGCGUCCGGCAGUUCAAAACGUCCCUGCUUCAGCGCUUAGAGAAGGAUAAUAGCCCGAGUCUCGCAAAGCGAUUGAAGAAAACUGAUGCCCGCGAAAUUGAGAGUUUCUAUCAAGAAUACUAUGAGAACUAUGUCCGCACCCUCGACAAAGGGGAACAAGCCGACAGGACUCAACUUGGGAAGGCCUACCAAACGGCUGGAGUCCUCUUCGAGGUGCUCUGUGCCGUCAACAAGAAUGAGAAGGUUGAGCAAGUUAACCCCGAGAUUAUGCGCUGGCACACUGAGGUGCAAGAAAAGAAAGACAUCUACGCGCCGUUCAAUAUUCUGCCUCUCGAUGCGGCCAGUGCAUCCCAGUCCAUCAUGCAGCUGGAGGAGAUAAAAGCAGCAGUCGCAGCUCUGCGGUACACACGGGGUUUGACCUGGCCUUCUGCAUUUGAGCCGGAAAGGCAGAAGGGGGGUGAGCUCGAUUUGCUCGAUUGGUUGAGAGCUAUGUUUGGCUUUCAGCGGGACAGUGUCAGGAAUCAACGGGAGCAUUUGAUUCUUCUCCUCGCUAAUGUGCACAUUAGACUUGAGCCAAAGCCUGAACCACUUAGCAAGCUAGAUGACCGAGCUGUUGAUGUAGUGAUGAACAAGUUGUUCAACAACUACAAGAAGUGGUGCAAAUUUUUGUCACGGAAACAUAGUUUGAGAAAUCCUCCAGGUGCUCAAUUACAGGAAGUUCAGCAACGCAGAAUUUUGUACCUAGGUCUUUAUCUUCUUAUCUGGGGCGAAUCAGCAAAUAUCCGGUUUAUGCCAGAGUGUCUUUGCUACAUUUUUCACAAUAUGGCAUAUGAGUUGCAUGGGUUGCUUGCUGGAAAUGUUAGUAUUGUGACUGGUGAAAAUAUCAGGCCAUCUUAUGGUGGGGAUGAGGAGGCUUUCUUAAAGAAAGUGGUCACACCUAUCUAUCGUGUCAUCAGAAAGGAGGCAGGAAAAAGCCAACAUGGAAAAACUGCACAUUCAGCAUGGUGUAAUUAUGAUGAUCUAAAUGAGUACUUCUGGACACCUGAUUGUUUCUCACUGGGAUGGCCAAUGCGAGAUGAUGGUGACUUCUUCAAAUCCGUGCACGAUUCAAGGCCUGUAGCAGUGGUACAGUUCGAUAUAAGUCUGUCAGUAUCUCUUCCAAAGACUUUGAUUAGGAGGAGAAUACUGACAAAUAACUAUUUGUAGGCUGGAAGCUCCUCACCAAAGGGUUCUAGUAAAGGCACAGGCAAGACAAAUUUUGUAGAGACAAGAUCGUUUUGGCACAUCUUUCGUAGUUUUGACCGAAUGUGGACCUUCUAUUUGUUGGCUCUACAGGCAAUGUUGAUUUUUGCUUGGAGUGAAUAUUCAGUGACUCAAAUCCUUCAGAAGGACCUCUUAUAUUCUCUAUCAAGCAUAUUUGUCACAGCAGCAUUUUUACAGUUCCUCCAAAGUAUUUUAGACUUUAUUCUGAACUUUCCUGGCCACAUUAGAUGCAAGUUCAUUGACGUCGUGAGAAAUAUUCUGAAGAUAGUAGUUAGUGCCGCGUGGGCUGUGAUUCUUCCCAUUUUCUAUAUCAGAAGUCAAACAAAAGUCAAUUUACCACUGAAAAAUCUGGACAGAUGGUUUGGUUAUGUGAAAGGAGUGCCACAACUAUAUAUCCUGGCUGUGGCGGUGUACCUGAUACCUAAUAUGAUUAGUGCAACGCUCUUCCUGUUUCCGAUGUUUCGAAGGUGGAUAGAGAGCUCGGAUUGGCAUAUUGUUAGACUGCUACUGUGGUGGUCUCAGAAACGAAUUUAUGUUGGCCGUGGAAUGCAUGAAAGUCAAGCUGCUCUUCUGAAGUACACAUUAUUUUGGAUUUUGCUGCUAUGCGCGAAGCUUUCCUUCAGUUACUUUGUCCAGAUACAACCUCUUAUAAGGCCUACCAAGGAUAUAAUGAGUGUUCAUAACAUUCGUUAUGAGUGGCAUGAGUUUUUUCCAAACGCAUCAUAUAAUAUCGCUGCUAUCCUAUCCCUCUGGGCCCCUGUUCUGUUGGUCUAUUUGAUGGAUACACAGAUAUGGUAUGCCAUUUUCUCUACAAUAUCCGGCGGUAUGUCUGGGGCACUUGGACGACUUGGGGAGAUUCGAACACUAGGAAUGCUGAGAUCACGAUUUCACUCUUUGCCUGGAGCCUUCAAUACAUAUUUGGUGCCAUCAGACAAAGGCAGAAACAGACGUUUUUCACUCUCAAAGCGCUUCGCAGAGGUUUCCCCCAACAAGAGAACUGAAGCUGCCAAGUUUGCUCAACUGUGGAAUGAAGUGAUUUGCAGUUUCCGCGACGAAGAUUUUAUAAGUGAUAAGGAGAUGGACCUAUUGGUGGUUCCAUACUCAUCAGACCCGAGCCUAAAAUUGAUGCAGUGGCCGUUGUUCUUGCUUGCUAGCAAGAUACCUAUAGCUUUAGACAUGGCAGCACAAUUUAGACCGAGAGACAGUGAUUUGUGGAAGCGUAUAUGUGCUGACGAGUAUAUGAAGUGCGCUGUAAUUGAAUGCUACGAGUCAUUCAAACUUGUUCUUAAUUUAGUGGUGGUUGGAGAAAAUGAAAAGAGGAUUAUUGGGAUUAUAAUCAAAGAGAUUGAAGCUAACAUCGCAAAGAAUACAUUCCUUGCCAAUUUUAGGAUGAGCGCAUUGCCAGUCCUUUGCAAGAAGUUUGUGGAGCUUGUAUCCACCUUGAAAGAAAGAGACGCCUCAAAAUUUGAUAAUGUAGUGCUAUUGCUUCAAGACAUGCUGGAAGUGAUCACGAGGGAUAUGAUGGUCAAUGAGAUCAAAGAACUAGCUGAAUUUGGUCAUGGGAACAAGGAUUUAGUUCCAAGAAGACAACUUUUUGCGGGCACAGGCACAAAACCUGCAAUUGUUUUCCCACCACCAAUUUCUGCGCAGUGGGAAGAACAAAUUAAGCGCUUGUACCUUCUUUUGACUGUUAAAGAAUCAGCAAUGGAUGUGCCUACAAAUCUUGAAGCCCGCCGGAGAAUAUCAUUUUUCACUAAUUCGCUAUUCAUGGAGAUGCCACGUGCGCCUAGAGUGCGCAAAAUGCUCUCUUUCAGUGUAAUGACACCAUACUACAGUGAGGAAACUGUAUAUUCAAGAAACGACCUUGAUCUGGAGAAUGAGGAUGGUGUAUCAAUUAUAUUCUACCUGCAGAAGAUCUUUCCAGAUGAAUGGGAUAAUUUCAUGGAAAGGAUUGAUUGCAAAAAAGAAACUGAAGUUUGGGGAAAUGAAGAAAAUGUUCUUCAACUUCGUCAUUGGGCCUCUCUUAGAGGGCAGACACUCUGUCGAACAGUGAGAGGCAUGAUGUAUUACAGGAAAGCUUUGAAGCUUCAAGCAUUCCUAGACAUGGCUUCUGAAUCUGAGAUACUAGAAGGCUAUAAAGCCAUUGCAGAUCCCGCAGAGGAAGAGAAGAAAAGCCAAAGAUCUCUGUCUUCUCAGCUUGAAGCUAUAGCAGACAUGAAAUUCACAUAUGUUGCUACGUGCCAGAUCUAUGGAAAUCAGAAACAGUCGGGUGAUCGACAUGCAACAGAUAUACUGAACUUGAUGGUGCAUUAUCCUGGUCUCCGCGUGGCAUACAUUGAUGAAGUUGAGGAGAGGGAUGGUGAGAAGGUGCAAAAGGUCUUCUAUUCGGUGCUAGUAAAAGCUCUUGACAAUCACGAUCAGGAAAUAUACCGCAUAAAAUUGCCAGGGCCAGCGAAAUUAGGUGAAGGGAAACCUGAAAACCAAAAUCACGCGAUCAUUUUUACCCGCGGAGAAGCUUUGCAAACCAUUGAUAUGAACCAGGACAAUUAUUUGGAGGAAGCUUUGAAAAUGCGGAAUUUGCUGGAAGAAUUCAAUGAGAACCAUGGUAUUCGUCCUCCAACAAUUCUUGGAGUACGUGAACACAUAUUCACCGGAAGUGUGUCAUCUCUUGCCUGGUUUAUGUCAAACCAGGAAACCAGCUUUGUGACAAUAGGACAGAGGGUUCUUGCCAAUCCAUUGAAGGUACGUUUUCACUAUGGACAUCCUGAUGUGUUUGAUAGGAUAUUUCACAUUACAAGAGGUGGAAUUAGCAAGGCUUCCUGUGGUAUAAACUUGAGUGAAGACAUUUUUGCUGGUUUCAACUCAACUCUGAGGCGAGGAAAUGUCACCCAUCACGAGUACAUUCAAGUCGGAAAAGGACGUGAUGUUGGGUUGAAUCAAAUUUCACUCUUUGAGGCCAAAGUGGCGUGUGGCAAUGGAGAACAAGUGCUUAGCAGAGAUAUCUACCGUUUGGGCCACCGCUUUGACUUCUUCCGAAUGCUCUCAUGUUACUUCACAACUGUGGGAUUUUAUGUCAGCUCAAUGAUGGUUGUCAUAAUAGUAUAUGUUUUCUUGUAUGGGAGGCUUUAUUUAGCCUUAAGUGGACUUGAGUUUGCAAUUAUGAAGCAAGCACGAAUGAGAGGCAACCGUGCUCUUGAGGCAGCCAUGGGGUCCCAAUCUAUUGUGCAGCUAGGUCUAUUGAUGGCCUUACCCAUGUUUAUGGAGAUCGGACUGGAAAGGGGUUUUAGAAGCGCCCUGGGGGAUUUCAUCAUCAUGCAGCUACAGCUAUGUGCAGUAUUCUUUACCUUUUCCCUCGGGACAAAAUCACAUUAUUUUGGCCGCACAAUCCUCCACGGUGGUGCAAAAUAUAGAGCAACUGGCAGAGGCUUUGUUGUUCGCCAUGUAAAGUUCGCUGAAAAUUACAGAAUGUAUAGCAGGAGUCACUUUGUGAAAGGACUUGAGCUCAUGUUACUACUUGUAGUGUAUGAGCUCUAUGGUGAUGUGGCGACAGAUUCCACGGCCUAUGUUCUUCUGACAUCAUCUAUGUGGUUCUUGGUAAUCACAUGGCUGUUUGCUCCAUUCCUCUUCAACCCAUCAGGAUUUGAAUGGCAAAAGGUGGUGGAUGAUUGGGAUGAUUGGAACAAAUGGAUAAGCAGCCGUGGCGGGAUUGGUGUGCCGGCCAAUAAGGCCUGGGAGUCGUGGUGGGAAGAGGAGCAGGAACAUCUGCUGUCAACAGGCAUAAUCGGCCGCAUAUGGGAAAUCAUAUUAUCUCUCCGAUUCUUCAUGUUUCAGUACGGUAUCAUGUACCAUCUGAAUAUCUCUAAUGGCAACAAAAGCAUAUCAAUUUAUGGUCUGUCUUGGCUGGUCACUGUAGCAGUAGUGUUGGUCCUCAAGGUGGUAUCUAUGGGAAGAAAGAAAUUUAGUGCUGACUUCCAGCUUAUGUUCCGGCUCCUCAAAUUGUUCUUGUUCAUUGGAUCUGUUGGAACUUUGGCGAUUCUUUUCACCCUUCUGCACCUUACAGUUGGUGACAUAUUCGCCAGCUUCCUUGCCUUUGCACCCACAGGAUGGGCCAUUCUGCAGAUAUCACAGGCAAGCAAGCCAGUGGUGAAGGCUUUUGGUCUGUGGGGAUCUGUGAAGGCCUUGUCCAGGGGGUACGAGUACCUUAUGGGGAUCGUGAUCUUCGUGCCAGUGGCGGUUCUGGCAUGGUUCCCUUUUGUCUCGGAGUUCCAGACGAGGCUGCUAUUCAACCAGGCAUUCUCCCGAGGCCUCCAAAUCUCUCGCAUUUUGGCUGGCGGAAAGAAGCAAAACUGAGGCGAGUCUAGGAGAUGGGAGAUGUUCCAUCACAGUAAUCACACAGGGUAGACGGAGGCAGAAAUUAGCUCGAGGUUCGUUGUUGGAGGGGGGCAUCAUAUGGCUGCUAACAUACUGACACUUUCAGAAGUUUCUUAGUCUUGUACACACAGGGCAGUUUUCCUUAGGCAUUUUCCAUGUAUAUCUCAUGCUAAUACACUCUUACCUCUGAUACUAGAUUGUACGUUGCUUGUAUAGAUAGAUACAUGCCCCCACAACAGUUGCGACAAAACAUUACGGUGCUUUUAGAGGCAAAGAUGAAACUGAUUUUUUGUGCAUGAAGCAACAAAACAGUUCGGUCUUUCUAGAUUGAGAGAUCAAAUCGAUUUUUGUGCAUGAAGAUGUUUGUGUUG